GACCUACCUCACGCAAUAGCGAUCUCUUCGAUACGCCUCUGCACUCGUCACCCAAUCGCGACGGUACCUUACUUUGAAGCGACAAUCCAGAUAGAAAAAGAGCUUCUGUUCAUAAACAAACGGUUCGCCGACACGAUGUUUUCUCAGCUUUCGAUAGGCUUGACCUGCCUGCUGCAGCUAUGUGGAACAGCUGCGCUACCAACCGAGCAAAAGCCAUUACUACUCAAUGGCCCCAAGAACGUCCAGGCUGUUCGGACUAAACUUCAACAUGCAGAGAUAAUUCCUACAGUCAUUGACGAUUUCCUACCUAGCCUCACACUCUCCGUCCUAUGGUCGGAUGCCAAGGCUAAACUCGGCAACACCAUUGACCCAGAAGAUCUUCAAGAACAACCCAGCAUCGUCCUCCACGAUGACACAAGUCCGGACGGGAUACACAGUACCUCCGACAUGAGCUAUGUCGUCACACUUACAGACCCCGACGCGCCAUCUCGCGACAAUCCAAAAUGGAGCGAGAUGUGCCACUGGAUUGCUUCCAACGUCACCACUGCGCAGAAUACGUUCUCUAUCCUACCUUUGCCAGAGUUUGGUCUCACUGAACAAACUGAGUCGACUGAUGGCGGCCCAGAGGACGUAAUGGAGUACAAACCUCCAGGCCCACCACCAAAGACGGGCAAGCAUCGCUACGUGUUCCUAGUCUUUGCGCCAAAGAAUGGAACAACAGAUUCGCUGCAUCUGAGUAAGCCGGAGGAUCGUCAACACUGGGGUACUGGAAAAAAGGGUGGUGGCGUGCGAGAGUGGGCUGAGCACAAUGGUUUGGUGCCUGUCGCUGCGAACUUCAUCUACUCGCAGAAUGAUAAGCAGUAGAUGUUUGUUGCUCUGCUUACAGGAUGCAUGGAAUGCCGAGGGCACAUGCAUCGAAUGUGACUAUUCUUUUCCUUCGAAAUUUCUUUGCAAGCGGAGAAGGCGUUUUGUUGGUAGCGUACAUAUUGUGUUGAUACCAAGAUUUCCGUAUCGGAUGCACGUAAUAGGCUUUC